GUGGUCAGACCUCGCUGUCCUCCCAAGCUCCUGCAUCAGCCUUCUCUCCUGCGGACCCUGAAGCCGGGCACCCUGGGGGCCAUGCAGAAGGCCGGGGCUGGGGGCCGGAGAGCCUCCGACUGCGGCCCUGCCCCUCACCGGCCCAGGUGCAUCACCAAGUUUGCCCAGCAGUACGUGGGCUCCUUCCCUGUGGACGACCUGGACACCCAGGAGAGCGCGUGGCUGGUGCAGCAGCAGCUGUGGGCACUGAAGGACUGUCCCCGCCGCCGGGCUGUCAUCCUGAAAUUCAGCCUUCAGGGCCUCAAGAUCUACAGCGGGGAGGGUGAGGUGCUCCUGAUGGCUCACGCCCUGAGGCGCAUACUCUACUCCACCUGGUGCCCAGCCGACUGCCAGUUUGCCUUCAUGGCCCGAAAUCCCCGGAGCCCGGCCAGCAAGCUCUUCUGCCACCUCUUUGUGGGCAGCCAGACUGGAGAGGUCCAGAUCCUGCACCUGCUGCUCUGCCGCUCCUUCCAGCUCGCUCACCUCUGGCAGCACCCUGAGGAACGGGCACGGCCUGAGCCCUGCCCGGGACCCGUAGGGGACGUGCCCCUGAAGCCCCUGUCGGGCCCUGGGGGCACCCCUGGCCUAAAGGAGCCGCCGGAGUCGGAAAGCCGCGGGGGCGCCCGCCACGCCCGCCUGGGGAACCCGUACUGCUCGCCCACGCUGGUGCGCAAGAAGGCCAUCCGCAGCAAGGUGAUCCGCUCCGGGGCCUACCGCGCCUGCACCUACGAGACGCAGCUGCAGCUGUCGGCUCGGGAGGCCUUUCCUGACGCGUGGGAGGCCUGGCCCCGGGGUCCUGGGGGCCCCUCAUGCCUGGUGGAGAGCGAGGGCAGCCUGACGGAGAACAUCUGGGCUUUUACUGGCAUCUCGAGGCCCAGUGCCCUCGCCCUGCUGCGGAGAGACGUGCUUGGGGCCUUCCUGCUGUGGCCUGAGCCAGGCACCAGUGGCCAGUGGUGCCUGUCGGUGAGGACACAGUGCGGCGUGGUGCCCCACCAGGUCUUCCGGAACCACCUAGGCCGCUACUGCGUGGAGCACCUGCCGGCUGAGUUCCCCAGCCUGGAGGCCCUGGUGGAGCAUCACGCUGGGACGGAGCGCAGCCUCUUCUGCUCCCUCGACAUGGGCCGCCUGAACCCCGGCUACGAGGAGCAGGACUGCGGGCCCGAGGGCAGGCUUCCCCGGACGCUCCGGCCCCUUGGCCAUGCCAAGUCCGAGGCAGAACUGCAGGGCCUGGGCUAGGACGCUGAGCCCCACGCCAAGAGGCCCCGCCUCACCCUGGCUCCUGGGCCUCAGCAGGCUGCUCUGCUCUGCCCUUCUGUCACCCCGCUGGGCACCAGUUCCAUCCAGUCACUGCCCUUUGGACCAGUCUUCCAUCACUACCCUGCCUGUGGGCGGAGCCCCGAGAGUGGGGAUUGCCAGCGGCUUCUCACACGGCCUGUCAGGAUUGCAGGAGGGGCAGGCAGAGCUCCAGGCUUCCGUGGACUUGCUGGGUGACUGGGUGCUUGUCUUCUCUGGGCUUCACCUUACUCCUAGGUGGGGAGCUUUCCAAGGUGGGCGGGAAGGUUUGCUCCAGCAGAGGUGGAGCCCUCUCCUAAGGAGGCCAGGCCUUGGGGCCCUGACUGGGCGUCUCCAGAGAGCUCCUGACCCAGGCAGCCAGGCGUGUGAGGGAGAGGUAUCUGGGGAGGCAGGAGUGAGUUCUCACUUUGGGCGAAGGCAUGGGGACGAGCCACCCUCUCCGUGAGAGAAACAGGGAUGACGUGAUGGAGCUUGGAGGCUGCAUCCAGGCUGACGGAGCGAGGCCUGUUUCCCAUGUCCUCUGAGGCUAAAGGAGUCUUCUCUUGAGUUCUGAAGAGUGGGGGUUAAGAGGGUGCAGAAAGGGCAGGACGGACAAAGAGCCGUACCACCCAAAGCCCACAUGCAGGUGGACGCCUGUGUGCAGAGAGGGAUGUGAAUGGGCCGACAGGGCAGAGAAUCCCAGUGAACCUUCAGACUAGGAAGGCUGGUUCUUCUCCACUCAAAUCCACGGGCUUGUGGUUCCUGCUUACUUGGAAGGGAUGUCCCAGUCUCGUCCCUGCCCACACACCCCUGCCCCCCCCGCAGGCUCACUUUCUUUGGCCAUUUGACCGGGAGGGGCCAGCAGUGAGCUGCAGGCUUAGAGGGGUGACCAGGGUCCUGCUCCACUCAUCCUGCAGGCCAGACUGGGUUUGGUGGCUGCCUGGGAAGCCCCCCAAUGGUGGCAUUUCCCUUAAUGGGCAUCUGUCAGGGGCCACUUCACUAGGCCAGCCCCCUUGGGGAUGGGGGUCAGGGAGGAAUCAUCCAAAGAUAGAACUGAUGUGGGCCCUGCCAGAGGGUACUUGGCCUCAGCGGCAGUGGGGGUCCAUCCAGGGAAAUAACGCUAGUCUAAGGCAAUGGCCCUGCGGUGACUGACGACGGAUCUGGGUAUUCCCCUGUAUAAGUAAACUUGACAGACAGGCAUGAAUCUACCAGAUUAAGACAGGGAGCAAGUUCACUUUGGAUGAACUUCUGUUCCUGAGGCAGAGGCCAAGUCAUGAGUCUGGGGGCUGCCCUCUCCCCCAUCUGGGGAGGGGAUGUGACCGCUCAGCGUCUUGAAAGUAACAGACUUCUGACUCCUGGAAGGAAGAGGGCAACCCCAACGGAAUAAAAAGAAGGGAGGAGCCUCAGAAGCUCAGGCCUGGUGUUCCCAGCUUACAACCUCCGGCUCAGCAAAUGGUCUUGGCUGGGGCCUAGUCACUCUUGUCACAAGGGAUAGGAGGAGGCUGUCCUUUGGGGGCUCUUUUCACUGGAACCACAGUACUGAUUUUAUACUGAAUGUGAGUGGGAACCCAGCCUCAUUUUACGGCCAUUACUACCAGAACCCAUCUCCUCCCUGGGCAAAGCCCUGGUCCCUCGUGGGAGGCCCCAGGCUCCCAUUUCCCUGGCAAGGAGAGGGGUUUGGUGACAUGGGGCCCAGGAUUACAGCCCUGGAGUCGCACACAUUUAAGAAGACCUGAUAACUGGUCUUAACCUCUGUAAGGGAUGGAUUUUGUUGCACAAGUUAUCUGUGUGGACAAGGUGUCAGGAAUGUUCCCAAAGUACUUUAACAUUCCUUCACACAGCAUUUAUGGAUCACACAGUACAAAGGUUUUUGACCCACAUGUGCAGACGCCUCAAUGUCUCAAUUAUAGACCACAGUUUUCUCUGUUCCAACCAGUGCCCCCUGGGUAGCCCAGCUCUCCUUACUGUGUGGACUUGAAAUAAAUAAAAUGCAUUUCUUCGGA